CCAACAAAGAAACCAACAAAAAUGGAGCCAGAAAUUAUAAUUUUAUUUUUUAUCUUUUAUUGGAGGAGUUGGGGAAUACUCACCGCCGGAGCCGACGGGGGAUAUAUCUUCGGCUCCGAGCAAGAGACGACCACAGAUUGCCCAGACCCGUGUACUGCAGGAUCAAUCCAACGGUUCCUGUCCUGGACCGUUAUUUUAAUGGCCAGGACACCAAAACUGAUUUCCGAUUGGGCAGGGAGGCCCUGGCAGUGCUGCUGGACCUUCUCGACCAGGAGCGGAGCCAUGGAUGGGGUGCCACCAUUGAGACCCUGGUGUUUCUAUUCUGGCUGGCUAGUGGGACAUCAUACAGGGUGGUCUCCAGAGUGUUCGGGAUGCCUCGUUCCACUGUCCACCGCAUCGUCCACAGGGUCACUGAGGAGGUGGUGGCCAUUCGCCACAAAGUCAUCCACCUCCCGAAGACCCCUGAAGACCUGGUGGCAGUGACCAAUGGGUUUGCAGGGCUGGCAAGACACCGCACUUUUUGGAAAGCAGCGGGAGCAAUCGACGGCUGCCAUGUCCGUAUCAAGCCACCGAGCGGCCCUGAUGGUCACUGCUACAGGAACAGGAAACUGUUUUCCUCCAUAAUUCUGCAGGCUGUUUGUGACCAUCAGGGCCGCUUCCUUGAUACGUACGUGGGCUGGCCUGGAUCAGUCCAUGACUCCAGAGUCCUCCGCCACAGCCCACUGUAUAGGUCACUCUACCCUCCUCCAGGGCACUUCAUCCUUGCAGACGGCGGGUACCCUUGCCUCCAACACCCACUACCCCUCAUCACUCCCUACAAGAGGCCAGUGCGAGGUGUGGGAGCCCAGCGCUUCAACUGGCAUCAUUCCAGGGCACGCUCCAUUAUAGAGCGUGCUUUUGGAAUGAUGAAGACCAGGUUCAGGGCCAUCUUCCUGCAAGCGCUGGAGGUGCACCACACCUUCGUACCUCACGUCAUAACAGCAUGUGCCAUCCUCCACAACAUCUGCCUUGGGGCCGAUGACAUCAUGGCCCCAGAGGAGGAGGAUGAGCCUGAGGACGAUGUAGAGGAGGAUGAGGGGGGCGAUGGUUUGGAGGUCAGUGGUGCUCCCUGGCGGGACCAGCUGUCUGCAGAGGUGUCUGCCCUGGAGGAGGCCCCCCCUGACCACCAAUAUAUACAGGCAAGUAAUAUAAUUGAAAAGCUAUUUCUAUUUAUUUAAAAUGUUUUGUAGAAUAGUUUUACCCGUUCAAAUAAUUUGUGGCAAGAUUUCUUUUGUCAAAAUAAGGUUGUGUAGU